AUGGCCCGGAACGCUCUGCAGAAGGAGCAGUUUGUCAAGCUGAUCGUGGGUGCUGGCCAGGCCAGCCCCAGUCCGCCAGUCGGUCCAGCCUUGGGUAGUAAGGGUGUGAAGAGUAUGGACUUUUGCAAGGAGUUCAAUGCGCGCACAGCUCACAUCAAUGUCGGCGUCCCUAUCCCAGCCCGCGUGACAGUCCGCCCCGAUCGCUCCUUUUAUUUCGACCUCCGCACCCCUACGACCACGUACCUCCUCUUGAACGCGGCGAAUGUUGAGCCCCGGAAGAACCGUCUUCGGGGCGCUAUGAACCCCGGCCAUGAGACCUGCGGGACGGUCUCGCUCAAACACAUCUACGAGAUCGCCAAGAUCAAGCAGAGCGAGACGCGGCUGUCAGGAUUGAGUCUCCAGGGCCUAUGCAAGAGUGUGAUGGCCCAAGCCAAGUCGAUCGGGAUUCAAGUGGUUCAUUGA